CAGCAUUUUGACAGUUGUGGAUUUGUUAUUUAUGUUUGGUUGUUUCUUGUUUUUCAAUUAUAGUCGAUAUAAAUAACUAUUUUUAAAUGAUGGUAAAAAAUAAAAUGAAAUAAAAAUGACGGCGAAAAGUUCGGAAGAUUUUUGGAAUACCAGUUCAUCUUCUGCAUUUAAUUUUGAUGACGAUGAAGAUGAUGGAUCACAGCCAGAAUAUGUUUUUACAUCUAUACCAGAAGAGAAUAGUAUACUUUCCAUCCACUCUAUUAUAUCCAAAACGUCUCUAAACUUAAUUUUAGAUGAUUUAAAAUCCACCAAUGAAUAUGUUGCGCCCCCAGUUGAGGAAGUUAUUCUGAAAAUGUUGACUGGGCAGAAAUAUUCAUUAGAAGUAUACAAAAAGUUUACUGAUAAAUUAGUUCUGCUAGAUUCAGCCUUAGAAUCCAUGGAUGGAGAUAUAAUUCUAAAUGUAAUAUUGUUUCUUAAAUCAACUCUGAGGCCGAAUAUAUUUUUUCACCAGUUGGCUAAACGAAAGUUAGCUGUUAAACAUUAUGCCAUUCAUCUGAUUGUUAAUAAUCAUUAUUCAGAAGUAGCAGAUUUAUAUAUGAGGACAGGUUUGAAUUCUAAUAUGAAGCAAUUGUAUUACCUGAUUGGUCGUGAUAUUAGAAAUAAGGAAAGUCUUUUAAAAAGAUUAGAAACUUUCACUGCAGAACACUUACAGAAAGUUAAUAACAAUGAUGAUAAGUUAGAAAUUUUGGAAAAUUCACAACUUUUGAAAUGGCAAGUUGAGAAAAACGAAAACUGUGAUUCUAUAAUUGAACAAUUGGCUGUUCUGUGUAAGAAUGAAUUCGAAAAGAAUAAAAAUUCAAUUGAAAUCCUCUUGGAUUUUAAAAAGAGACUGAAGAUUGAUGAUUUCGCUUUUGAAUGGACUGUUUUGAAUGUUUUAGCCUCAAUGGAGCUGUGGCCUCAAUUAACUGAACUUUUCGUGAAGCCGAAUUGGUUGACAAAAAAGAACUCUCUGAAAACUGUCAUGCCAGCGGAAAUAUUUGUGUAUGGAUUAAGCAGACACGAAUCUCCUAAAGAAAUCUUAGAACUUUACUUACCAUACAUUUCUGACUCCGAACGUGGUUUAUAUUUGGCUCAGAAGAUGAAUUGUCAUAAGUUUGUUAUUCAGCACUAUAUUAAAGAAAGAGAUAGAUUGGCACUUAUACAGUACAAGUCAAAAGUUUCCCCACAGGAUGAAGAAUACUUUCUAAUUAAGAACGCUCUUCUAUCUAAUGACAAAAAAUGGAAAAACUAAAUGUGAUAACUGCAACCAGGUCUGAUUAUAUUGAAAAAAAUUAGGAGUAAUCAUCAUUGAAAUAUUUAAUAAUGGAAACUUUCUACCUUGUUUUUAAUGCGAUGUUAAAAUAUUUUUCACAAAUUUUGGAACGCCCUGU